GGCUAUCUCAGGGCGGGGUAGCAAUGGAAAAUGGAUUUCAAUAUAUUGUAACAAGACAUGUGAGAGAAACUAAUUGAUGCAGAAUGAUCUAGGUGGGCAUGUAUAUCCUGGCAUGAUUUGGAUUUCAAAAUAGACUUACGUGAAAGUAGAGUGAAAUACGAAAAGACAUGACUGCUGUUUUUGGGUGCUCGUUGCUCCUGACAUUUCAUCAGAGCCAUUAAUGAAGACGCUCCGCAGCCGCUCGUCGCGGAAGUUCGUUAUAUUUUUCGAGAUCAUCCGCGGGAAUGCUCGCUUGCAGUGCCCCCUUCUGGUGAAAUAGAAAGAGGAACUCACCCGGAAACAUAUAAAUGUCGGCUCCUGCGGCACCUGCACUAUCUGCACCGGGUGGCGCGGUGUGGACGUGCCAAUACAGGGGGUGCAAAUCAAAGAAGGCGCAAAUAAAAGAACUUCGGUCGCGGUUACCAAAUGGGUACCCGCACGAUGAAGACGCAAGCUUACGGGUAUCAGCUCUACUUUCACAGGAAGCUCUAGGUUGUAAUAAAAUUGCAAUAAGACGAAGAAGUUUAACGGUGUCAGUCGUGGCUACGGGAAGUAUCUAUAAGGAUAGGGUUAGUCGAAAUGAAGAACACGAUACUAGAGAAGGGGUUCUCAGAGAUGGCAUACAAGCGGCUAGUUCUGAUUGAUCUUUCUAAAUAUGUAUGCGUUGUUUCACUUUCGUUUUUUCCUUGUUUUUCUCCUAGGUGUGCACGGUGUGUCGGCGGCUGCCGCUUGAGAAUCAGGCGUCCUUGGAGGAACUCGACGCCAAAGGCUUGAAGGAAACUGCAGUGAAUCUUAGCAAAGCAAACUUGCAUCAGUUUCUGAAGUUUCCGAGCAUUGAGAAGCAGUUGCGGGACGAUGUCUCUGAGCCCCUGGAUGCAGAUACCGUGAAAUCUGUUGUAGACGAAUUUGAAGAGCUAGAGGGUAAAAGUACCGAAAUAGUGUCAGUGAUGAGAUACUACGCACAGAACCACGCGAAUCAGCUAGCGAAAGCGAUGUCAGCAAAAGCGAUAGACGAUGGCUUUCCCUGGGAAAUGUCGCUCGCAUUCGAUUUGAUCAACGAUCUUGUGAUGGACGAAAUUGCUCACGGAUCUUCCUCAUUCGGUACGAGACCAUGUUUCUGUAUAGCUACUAAUCUUAAGCAGAGAAGCGAAGAAACAAAAAACAGAUUAACGAUAACGAGAGUGUUGGGUCCUUUGGUAGUGUGCUUUCUAGUAUUUUUUUAAUAUCGGUAUGCGGGGCAAAGUUCGUGGGAAUGUCUUGUCUUUUACCAACAGGUUCUGGCGGCGGGAGACCUGUUACAGGUGACCUUGCAGUGUUGCCUCCACCACCAGCAACAGGAGACUCCUUAGUCUGUCAGGAAGUAGCGCCGGCACCUGCAGAUGCGCAGUCGUACACCCAGGCUUUUGGCGUGCUUUUUCCGAAAAUGUUUCAGCUCGUUUGGGAUAAGCUGAAAACAAUAGCCGAGAAUGAUUCAACGGUGAAUCGGUUAGAGGAACAGAAAAAAAUCAUUCGCGCUGUGAAUCAAUGGCGGGACGUGAAUCUUUGGGGCCUUGAGUCGAUACAAACAGAGUUGACGCAACGACGCGAGGCGCUUCGCGCAGGGACUCUCUUCGUCAAGCGGAAUGCGUCGAAGAGUGCACCGGGGACCGGCUCCUCAACCGGAGCGCCCCCAGGGGGAGGCGGUGGUGGCAUCACAACUAGCGUGCCACAGCGAUAUAUCUUGAGCGUGUCUGGCGCUGACAUAGAUUUGAUGCUCAGCCUGCUCGCGACGGUGCAGCAAGACGAGGACCAAGAAGAGGAGCGAGAGCUGAAGCGCCGGAAACUUGAUGAGCAUAGCGCUCAGCGGGCAGCAGAAGGGAGAGCUAAUUUCAUCGAAAAAAUCCUUGAAGCUGACUCAAGUGAUCCCGCUGUGGUGCUAGGACUCCACGAGAAUGAGGCAUACCAAAAAGAAGGGAUCGCGGCUCUCACAGCAGAUAUGAUAGCGAAGGUGGCGAGGAGGCUCAUGUUCAAAGCGCAUCCGGAUAAAAAUCGAGGAGUCGAAAAACAAAAAUGCACCGAUGCGAUGACGAAAAUUACGGAUGCAAAAGAUGAGCUCGUCGAGAAGGUAUUGCAAGAAUUAAGCAGGCCCUCCUUGAACCAAGAUGAAGCGUCCUCCACCACUCUAGCCUUGGCUUACUCUAACACGUUGCUUCAGUGCUUUCCUGAGAGUAGCAACACUGAUGUACUUAUCUUCUUGUUUCCUUAACAAAUAAUACGAAUUCUUCAAAUUCCCAACUGAUGAAAAUGACAGCUUGAUAGCGCGAACCAGAAGAAGAAAGCGAAGAUAGACCCGACAUCAAUCAAGUUGUUAGCAUCUUCCUCGGGUCCGGUAGCAAAGCAGAAGCAAAUGUGUCGGUUUCAAGGCUGUACUGACGAAGUGUGCUCACAAUGCGCGCACGGCGCUUGCAGAACCCAUAUCACGCAUUGUCAUUUUUUCGCUCGCCAGAAUCCGGUAUUGUUUAACGAUUGUGCGGGCUGUGCAAAUGAUUGUACAACAAGAGCCGUUCACUUUCUGUAAGUUAAAGUUAAGUGUUUGGCUUGAUUUAUUUCGCCAUCAAUCAAUCAAUCAAUCAAUCUCCAAAAAUCAUUUAUAAAUUGAAAAUUAGAUAAUGAUAAAACCUUUCAACCACAUCUUUUAGGGACUGCGCUGCUUUUUUCAUCCUCCCCCGCGCGAAAAUGCAGUAAACGCUGUUUUGGUGAACGGAAGAUGGCAACAAAAACGACACUGAGGAACUCGACAAAUCCGUUGCUAGCAUUCAGCAUUAUCUCGCCCUAUUUACCCACAUGCGUUUUCGUUUCAAAGAAUCCGAUAUCACAUGCUAAUUAGUUGGAGUCACAGGAGAGGACCACGCAGUGUUCCCAUCCCCGUCUGCAGCACUGAAAAGACACAAACUUGACGACUGAUUUCACCACGCAACACCCACAUCAAGCAGAAAAGCACGUACGUACAUAAAGGAGAACUAGAAGCGCAGUACUAGUACGCGAAGAUCUAUCCACCGACAUGAACAUUCGCAAACACCAAGAAGGCACUCGCAAACACUGUAAUGACAAGAGGCCUAUCAUUUCCCACCGGGUAUCCGACAUGGUAAUGGUCAACUACAUUGACGAUUUUUUCGAGUCAAACGCGGACCUGCUGACUAAAAAGUUGAGCUGUCCAUGCACAGAUUUGGCACAGAAGCAGAUGGAAUUCUACCACACAAACACUAAUAUCAGCAUAAACAUCGUCAAACACUAAAUGCGGAACGAGACGACCAGGUCAAGCAUAGCAGAAACACGAAGGCGUCGGAAAAGUAUGUCAUGCAAAUGAAUUCUCACGGUCCUCGCCGGGCGACAAGGUCAUCCAAGAAGAGAACAACCCAUCGGACUAUGGUGAAAAAACACGCACCACCGCUGCGCGUUCCUUUAAUGCACCGCGGGCUUGCUGCCGUCGUGAGAGUCGGAUCCAUUGUGUAAAUAAUAUUUAUACUGAUUGGGGUCUGGUUCAUUUGGAGCUCUAACUAAUGUAGGUGAUUUGGUUAGUCCGUGUGGUGCGAGUCUUUUCUUCAGACCGCCACUCGGCCUUCUCUGGAUGACAUUGUAAGAUAAAGAAACACGACAUGUUUGGUUCACAGAAAGGGUCUAUCUUCAAAGCUCCGUCGCUGUUGUUGAACUACCGUUUUUGAAUAGCCUGAUUGACGGUUAUCUGAAAGUGGCCCUAAUCUAGGUGUUGCAAAGAGGAUUUCCAACGUCAGUAUUCUGCAGUGCUUGUAACCUCCCUCUUCAGGGCGAGGAGCAUAAGAAAAUGUAUCUGGGUCUGAAAGUACAGGAAGAGAACCAUAGAAGAAGAAAAACAGAAACUGACUACAGAAGAUUGGCUAGACCGCAGUUGCAGUGAUCAACACAGCUCAAGAAGAACGUGUUUUCACAGACCGUCAUCAUGAUCUCGAAAGUGUUACUAGAUCAAUGAUGUCGUGGUUUGAGGUUCUUGACCCUUCGUGUGGUGGUCUGUGUCUUAACCUGACCAGGCUUGAUCUGUUCGCCCAGCGCACCGAAUCCACGCUCGCACGAAGUUAUAUCGAAAAAACCUGUACAUAUUCUGUUCGUACAGCUCGUGGGGUGUCUUGUCAAGCACAAAAUCUGGUGACAAGCAGGCAGAUGCAUUCCAUCCAGUGGACCGACAGGACUGAAAGGAAAGCAGUCUCUUGAUUGCGGCGGACGUGACUGCCUCUGCACUCAAUACAAAAACGAGGAGACGGGGUUGGGCAAUAUUACUAAGGUGGUCUGCAGCAGACUAAGUAGCUUUUUGUCUUCGGUCGCCGAGCCUGAAGCAUGCAUGGCAGGGUUUCCGCUGAUCUUCAGGCGGAAAGUCUCUCUUUUUGACUAAGUACUAAGUAAGUAGACAACAUUCUUCUUUUCAGCAUGGGACCACGUGCUGUUCCUCUACAACUGGCUGCAACGGUUGUUUUGAAGGCCGAUGCUAAAGUGACGAAAUAUCUGUUAACAACUGUAGCUUAUUCUGCGAUUGAUAAAAGUUCGUAUUAAGUUUUUAUCUCUCACUCUUUGUGUAGGAAGAGGCUCUUCUUGAUUCACCAUCCUCGAUCAACACGAAAAGUGCAUGUAAGUAAUUAAUAGAAGCUCACUGAACUAACAGUAAGACUAACUCGCUAGUUCUAGUAGAUUGUCUUUGUUCCCGUUCCCCUGUCUCCGUCUCGAUUUUAUGGUGGAGGUAUAGCUAAUUAAGGGUCGUUCGCAUUAUGUAUCUAUAAGUGCAUGCAUUGUCAGUUCAUUCUUCAUGAAACUCUUGUGCUCGUCUGCUUCUGUGCCAGGUGUCCCCGCAUCUGGUUCUUCCCUCUGCGCUUUGUGCUCUCCUGAAACCCAUGCCCCUUCCUUUUGUUUGCUUCUGUGGUGCCCAAGAGGGCACGUCUUUAGAAGAGGCCGCAACAGCAAAAAUCAAAAGACGAGGUCAGUCUCAGCUCUGUUUUUGAGCCGCUGGAGACUCAGCAAGAAGUUGGUUUGUCCACGAUGUUCUUCUGAUUUCCUUGAACUGGAGAGGUUUCAUGUAGCUACC